AUGGGUUUGAAUACUGUAUACAACCAUGAAUUCUACGCCAUAUCGAAUGAUAAGCCCUACCGUCGCUACAGCGUCGCUGAACUCAAGGCUUCUUCUUCUCGUCCUCUUCGAAAACGUCCGUCCAGGACCAGCCUGCUCACUGGUACCGAGCUCAACUCCUUCAUAAUUCAAGAACGAUCCUCUGUCUGGCAGGACGAGCAUCUGCGCCCGUACCAAGUGGCCUCUUCAGGCGAAGGUGGAUUCUUCAAGUUGCGCGGUGUUGAUCAGGUCAGCGGCGAGGUUUCUGCAAACCCUAGCUGUACUAGCGAGACGAGGUUUCUUGGAAAUGGAGAAAUCAAGGGGACAUUCAACAACGUGCCUGACUCGAAUAUGGACUACAUUGACUGCCACUUCUGGGGCAAUUGCACACCUGACCAGAAUGAGACUCGGGCUCCUUGGGAUGCUUGGAGUAUGAGGGACGAGAGGCACACUAUCUGCGAAUAG